AUGGGUGGACAAGUUUCGAAGAUGCUGGGGAAGAUAUUCGGCACGAAGGAAAUGCGGAUUCUGAUGCUGGGUUUGGAUGCUGCAGGAAAAACCACUAUCCUCUACAAACUAAAGCUCACGAAUCAGGAUGUCACCACUAUUCCUACUGUCGGUUUCAACGUUGAGAGCGUCACCUACAAGAACGUCAAAUUCAAUGUCUGGGAUGUUGGUGGACAGGACAAGAUCCGUCCUUUGUGGAGACACUACUACUCGGGCACCCAAGGUUUGAUCUUCGUCGUCGACUCGAGCGACACUGCCCGUAUGGAAGAAGCACGCUCGGAACUUCAUAAGAUCAUCAACGAUCGCGAAAUGAAGGACGCUCUGUUGCUUGUGUUUGCGAACAAGCAGGAUGUCCCCGGCCAUUUGAGCCCGGAGGAGGUCACCAACGCACUGCAGCUCAACAAGUUGAAGGACAAGUUGUGGUACGUGGCGCCCAGUGUUGCUACAGAGGGUACUGGAAUCUUUGAGGGACUUGCCUGGCUCUCCAACAACGUCAAGACUCAGCCCCAGAAGUAA